UCUUAGCACGUGCGGAAGGAAAGAAACAACUUGGACAAAACAUGGGACGCGGCAAGAAGAAAGUACAUCCCAAGACCCGUACGGCAGCCUUUAAGGCCAGCGAGCCGAGCGAGAUUGUCGAGGCGCCUCACUCGUUCGUCAUCCAUCGUGGCCUCACCUGUCCGUACAUCACAGACCUCACGCUGGAUUUCCGGCGCAUCAUGGAGCCGUAUACGGCUACUAAUCUGCGAGAGAAACGGAUGAACCGCAUCAAGGACUUUGUAAGCUUAAGUAGCUUCUUUCACGUCUCGCACAUGGGCAUUUUCAACAAGGCCUCGACGCAGUUGUCCUUCAAAGUUGUCCGUUUGCCGCGCGGUCCCUCUCUGACAUUUAAGGUUCACCAGUUCACACUGGCCCGCGACGUGAUUUCGUCCAGCAGGCAGCAGAUGACCGACAACGACCACUUCAAGCAUGCUCCGCUGGUCAUCAUGAACAACUUUAGUGGCGAUGGCAAACAUCUGAAGCUGAUGGCCACCACGUUCCAGAACAUGUUCCCAUCGAUCAACCUAGCUCAGGUGAACAUAGGAACGAUCCGUCGCUGUGUCCUGUUCUCCUACAAUCCGGAAACGAAGCUGGUGGAGAUGCGUCAUUACUCGGUGCAGGUAGUGCCAGUGGGCCUCAAGCGAGCUGUGCAAAAGAUCGUAAAGGGCAAUGUUCCCAAUCUGGGCAAGUGCAACGAAGUGGUGGAUUUCGUGACGAAAGAUGGAUACGCCUCCGAAUCUGAGGCCGAGGAUGACGAGCAGUCGCAUGUGGUGCUUGCACAAACGCUCAAAAGCAAGGGCAACCUAGAGGACAACAAGAGCUCCAUUAAGCUGCAUGAAAUCGGGCCGCGUCUAACCAUGCAGCUAAUCAAAAUAGAGGACGGACUCCUCACCGGCGAGGUUCUAUACCACGAUCAUGUGGUAAAGACGGAGGAAGAAAAGGAAACUAUGCGCAAACUGGUCGAAAAGAAAGCUAAGCAAAAGGAGCAGCGCAAGAAGGAGCAAGCAGAAAACCGGGCUCGCAACUUAAAACUUAAGAAGGACGAACAGCGGGCGGCGAAACGGGCGGAGGAAGGACACAAUGACAGCGAUCCCGAAGAUGACGCCGAGUACUACAAAGAGGAAGUGGGCGAGGAGCCGGAUGAAGAACUCUUUAAAAUGGAAUCCAAAUCUUCACGCAAGCGACCCAAGCUGUCCGGCGGCAUGAAGUUCAAGAACAAACGGGCCAAGCUGGAUCCCAAAAACAAGAAAGCCAAUGGCAAGUCAAACGACUACAAGGACAGGAAGCCCAAGUUCGAUCCCAAAAAGAGUAGGAAGUCAAAGUAAUAUGUUAAAUAUAAGCUAUUUUAUAAACAGA